AGCUACAAUGCGGCGAAGUGUGAACAGUAUAAGAGCAAUUGGGCAGGCAUGAACCUACAUACCGAUGAUCCCACCAGUAUCAUGUCCCAAUGGGCAUCCGGCAACACCUGCACACCAACCUCGCAGCCAAAGUCAAACUGCACUCAAGGCGGUUGGCCGGAGUACGUCGUAAGAGCUACUACGGUGAGACAUGUCCAACUCGCAGUCAACUUUGCUAGAAACCAGAACAUCCGUCUGGUGAUAAAAAACUCAGGUCACGACUUCAACGGAAAGUCCAUUGGUGGCUACUCCCUUGGUGUGUGGACACACAACCUCAAAGGCAUGACGUAUGAUCCGAACUACACCUCACCCACUGGCGCUUACAGCGGAAAAGCUGUUGCUUAUGCCGCCGGUACUCAGGCUUCUGAGGGGUCUACACUAAUGCGGAAGAACAAUAUGGUCAUGAUUGUUGCAGGCGGGUCGACCGUAGGUAUCGCAGGCGGUUUCCUCCAGGGUGGUGGACACAGCGGUUACACUAGCUACUACGGCCUGGCGGCAGACCAAGUGCUCGCCAUUACUGCUAUUACGGCUGAUGGAAGGGUAGUUGAAGCACAUGAGGGGGAAAACGCAGACCUGUUCUGGGCUUUCAGAGGUGGAGGCGGAGGCACGUUCGGCAUCAUCACAUCCGUUGUCGUAAAAGCAUUUCAAGCAACGCCCAUUACCUCAAGUAGUGUACGUUUCUCGACCACACCAGACCGCGGAUCUACUGCGCCUCCAAUCUCCACAAAUACCUUUUGGGCUGGCAUGCGAGCGUACUGGGAAUUUUCGAUCGCCAUAUGCGACGCAGGCGGCCUGGGCUACAGCUUUAUCUAUCCGAGCAGUAGUAGCACCGGCCUCACCUUUACUAUCAGUGUUUCGGUACCCAACAAAACUACCACCGAAUAUCGGCAAUUCAUCCGCCCAUUGCUUCAGAAGCUCAAUGACCUGGGUAUCCAGCAACCUAUUCCGGCACUUAGACGCUCUCUCACGCCAUCCUUCUCAUACGAAGAGAACUUCAAAAACGAAGCAUCCUCUUUCUCAAAAAGAGAAAUAGGCGAAACAACAGGCCACACCCUAAUAGCAUCCCGCUUCUUCCCCCGCACCACCUUCUCCACCCCAUCCACACUAGAAACCUCGCACCUCGCCAUCCGCCACGUCGUCGAAGACGGCUCCCUAACCUUCCACGGCAUGAACUACGCUCCCACACUCUCCGUCUCCGGCAACCCAAACAACAGCGUAAACCCCGCGUUCCGCACCACAGUCCUCCACGCACAAGCCUACGAGUCUAACGCGCACUGGGACGGCAAGGCACCCACCUUGUCGCAUGAGGCGCUGACGGAAAAACAUCAGAGAUUGCAGGGGUAUAUGCAGGGUUGGAGGGAUGUUACGCCCGGGAGUGGGAGUUAUAUCAAUGAAGGGGAUGCGCAGGAUUGGGAGUGGAAGAAAGCGUUCUUCGGGAGUAAUUAUGAGAGGCUGGCUAGGGUGAAGAGGGAAUGGGAUUCUGAAGGUGUGUUUUGGGCGAUUGGAGGCGUGGGAAGUGAUGAGUGGGAGAUUAGGGAUUUGGGCGGGGGGAAGAGGGAGGGGAUUGUGACGCAGGAUGGGAGAUUGUGCAGGGUGGGUUGAUGGUGAGAAGGUGGAGCUCUACGAUAACAUAUUCUUAAACCCCACUAUCUCAAGUAACGAUGGACAGGACUGCGAGAUAUUCAACUGUGCAAGGAAGAUAUAAGACAUUUACUAACGAGUAUAAUAUCAAUUAUGCUGGUUUCUUGUCGCGCCUCGGAGAACACCAUACCGGUACGUCGGAGGCUCGGUGCCUUUGCGCCUCCGCAGCCUAGCAUAC